AUGUGUUCCUAAUGUUUGGUAUAGUCAGUGUAUAAAGACACCACAUAAUCCCACUUUAAGGAAUUUUCCAGGAGGUGAACCAUACUAGUGUGCCAUACUAGUGGUUCACCAUUGACUGUUUAAGGAAGUAGUUCUGGUUUAAUCUGGCUAUAAGACUAAACCUCCUGUGUAAGAUACUUAGACCUAUUCAUAGCCACUCGAUCUGUAUCACUGCUCGUGCUGUAACAACAUUCAAAGCAACACAGUUCAGGAAGAAUAGCCAGAAUCGCUAAGCUCAGGAUUUACUAGGUAAGUUGUCUGGUUUGGGGUAGUCAAACUGUUCUGGCAACAAGCGCUGAUAAGAUGUGGAAAGAGUUGAAGAAAAACCAGCUAGUCAAGUACGGCGCUGUGACCACAGUGACAACCAUCAGCUAUGUUUUACUGCGAAAGUGGAUCGCCGGUGGGAUAUGCCGCAGCCGUGCCAAACUACAUGGAAGGACUGUGGUGAUCACUGGUGCCAACACUGGCAUCGGCAAGGAGACGGCCUGGGAUAUGGCCAUGAGAGGAGCUCGGGUGAUCAUGGCUUGCCGAGACCUCACCAGGGGAGAAGCAGCUGCAGCAGAGAUCCGCAGUUCCACAGGAAAUACUAACGUGGUGGUGCAACAACUAGACCUGGCCUCCCUCGGUUCAGUACGUCAGUUUGCUCGGGAAUUUAUUGCCACAGAGACCCGUCUGGACAUACUUAUCAACAACGCAGGUAUAAUGCUGUGUCCCAAAAGCCUCACAGUGGAAGGUUUUGAGAGUCAAUUUGCCGUCAAUCACCUAGGUCACUUCCUAUUGACCAAUCUGCUCCUGGACAUGCUGAAAGCCUCCACCCCCAGCCGCGUCAUCAAUGUGUCUAGCAUCGCUCAUCAAGGAGGGAAAAUCCACUUUGAAGACCUUAAUUUUGAUAAGAAGGGGUACAACUCAGUAAUUGCCUAUAAGCAGAGUAAACUGGCCAACCUCCUCUUCUCUAGGGAGCUGGCACGAAGGACCAAAGGUACUGGAGUGACGUCGUAUUCCCUGCACCCCGGGGUUAUCCGGACAGAGCUGUGGCGCCACUCGCAGACAAAGUACCCCACGUUGAGUACCAUGCUGUCAGCCCCCGCCUGGCUCCUGAUGAAGACCCCCAAGGAGGGUGCCCAGACCACCAUCUACUGCGCCGUCAAUGAGGGGCUGGAGGAGAAGAGUGGCUGCUACUUCAGUGACUGUCAGGUAAAGGAGCCAGCUCCUGAAGGGAGAGAUGAUCUUGCAGCACUGAGACUAUGGGGUGUUAGCGCCGGGCUUGUUGGACUCAUUAAAAACAACUGAACAACUCGCCUUGCAACAAGGUGACACUCCCAACCCCACCUGCCAGAGCACCCCGGAUACUGCCAUAUUUUGUCCCAUGUUUGCUCUUAACUUUCAUCUCAGAAGUGUAAUUGUGAGAUAUCCUGUAUUCUAUAUAUAUCUUGUGGGAAAAUACACAUUUUCUAUAUUAUACAUUGUGGGAAAAUACACAUUUUCUAUACUAUAAACUCAGCAAAAAAAAAAAAGUCCUCUCACUGUCAACUGCGUUUAUUUUCAGCAAACUUAACAUGAGUAAAUAUUUGUAUGAACAUAACAACUGAGACAUAAACUGAACAAGUUCCACAGACAUGUGACUAACAGAAAUUGAAUAAUGUGUCCCUGAACAAAGGGGCGGUCAAAAUCAAAAGUAGCAGUCAUUAUCUGGUGUGGCCACCAGCUGCAUUAAGUACUGCAGUGCAUCUCCUCCUCAUGGACUGCACCAGAUUUGCCAGUUCUUGCUGUGAGAUGUUACCCCAUUCUUCCACCAAGGCACCUGCAAUUUCCCGGACAUUUCAUUUCUGGGGGGAAUGGCCCUACCCCUCACCCUCCGAUCUAACAGGUCCCAGACGUGUUUGAGAUCCGGGCUCUUCGCUGGCCAUGGCAGAACACUGACAUUCCUGUCUUGCAGGAAAUCACGCACAGAACGAGCAGUAUGGCUGGUGGCAUUGUCAUGCUGGAUGGUCAUGUCAGGAAGAGCCUGCAGGAAGGGUACCACAUAGGGAGGAUGAUGUCUUCCCUUUAACGCACAGCGUUGAGAUUGCCUGCCAUGACAACAAGCUCAAUCUGAUGAUGCUGUGACACCGCCCCAGACCAUGACGGACCCUCCACCUCCAAAUUGAUCCCGCUCCAGAGUACAGGCCUCAGUAUUACGCACAUUUCUUCAACAAAAAAUGUGAAUCCGACCAUCACCCCUGGUGAGACAAAACCGAGACUUGUCAGUGAAGAGCACUUUUUGCCAAUCCUGUCCUGUCUAUUGCGGACAGUCUGAGCACUGUUAGAGGGAUUGUGCGUUCCUGGUGUAACUUGGGCAGUUGUUGCUGCCAUCCUUUACCUGUCCUGCAGGUGUGAUGUUUGGAUGUACCGAUCUGUGCAGCUGUUGUUACACGUGGUCUGCCACUGCGAGGACGAUCAGCUGUCCGUCCUGUCUCCCUGUAGUGCGGUCUUAAGGGUCUCACAGUAUGGACAUAGCAAUUUAUUGCCCUGGCCACAUCUGCAGUCCUCAUGCCUCCUUGCAGCAUGUCUAAGGCAUGUUCACGCAGAUGAGCAGGGACCAUGGACAUCUUUCUUUUGGUGUUUUUCAGAGUCAGUAGAAAGGCCUCUUUAGUGUCCUAAGUUUUCAUAACUGUGACCUUAAUUUCCUACCUUCUGUAAGCUGUUAGUGUCUUAACGACUGUUCCACAGGUGUAUGUUCAUCAAUUGUUUAUAGUUCAUUAAACAAGCAUGGGAAACAGUGUUUAAACCCUUUACAAUGAAGAUCUGUGAAGUUAUUUAGAUUUUUACGAAUUAUCUUUGAAAGACAGGGUCCUGAAAAAGGGACUUUCUUUUUUUGCUGAGUUUAUAUUGUGGGAAAAUACAAAUGUAUCAAUGCUUGUAUCAUG